GCUGUCUCCGGGCUAAAGGCUAAAGCAGCUCAGCCUCUAAUCCCCGGAUGAAACCAACAUGGCCGCCUCUCGCUGAGCUGUCAAGCGCUCUACAAAAGGAAAGAUUCUCUCACAAAGUCAUGGAUACAGUGGACGUUUGCACUGCCACCUCUACGGCAGAUAACGGCAAACGCCGCGGCCAUAACAAGAACAGAGAUUGGCUCAAACGUCUCCACCUCAGGAAGGCCGCGCUACAGCCCCCCGCUAUGCAAACUCCUGAUAAGCCCGGACCAAAGAAGAUAGUAGCCGCAGAGAAGCAUGCUAGCACAAUAUGGCCUUCUUCAAAGAAAAUACGAACCCAAGAGGCUCCGCAGAGGACAAUUAACAGUGGAAAGAAUAUGCUCAGGUUUAAAUGCUCACAAUGCAUGGACAAUAUUGAACACGCUCCCAAAGACUUGUUGAAGCAUUUUGAGGAAACGCACAAGGGAUGCCCUCCCGUGUUUUCAUGUCAUAUGUGUAAAUUCACCACACAUGAAUUCUCCUAUCUGCAGGUUCACGUUUUAAGCCACAAAGAUACGUUUUCCUGUUGCAGUCUCUGUAAGGACAAUGUACAACGCACGUGGGCGGAGUUUAGCGCACAUUUGACAUUAGUUCACACACAAGAUGGUAAAUACUUGUGUGAUAUUUGUAAGAUAUUCUCAACGUCAAAUGAUAAGGAAUUUUUAGAACAUGUGCUACUUCAUAAUCUAGGUUUGGACAGAAAAAAUGACCAAACUAUUAGCAAAAGAUCUUACAGCUGUCAAUAUUGUGGCUACGAAGCAUCACAAAAAGUCAUUCUUACAAAGCAUUUGAAGACUGCACAUGGAGGCGUGAGUUGUCAGAAAAAUAAGGAUGUUUUUACAAUGAAUGAGACAAAAACGAAGCCCAGAAUGACUAGAAGUGCGGUUAAAGACAUAAGCUGGUUGACAGAAGACUGCCUCUCACUUCCAGGACGGGAGUUUUUGGAUAAGUAUUGUCACUUAUCGGAUGCACAAACAACGCUAGAAGAAACUCAACAGUUUUUAAUGAAAUCUGGAAAACAAAAGUGGAGCAAAGCGUUGAAAAAUGUGCUAUCAAACGUCCCACAAGAGAUGAAUCUCCAGUCUAAAUUGGAAAAUGGGAUAGCUUCCGUCUUUCCGGAUAGCAGCCAAGAUGUUCUGACAGUAAAAAAUAAAAUUAAUCAAAAUGGUGCCAGUUUUGCCAAAAGAUUCAAACUGAUUACGGAAAAGGAAGUUGAGAAUGCUAACGCGGACUCGUGUGGAAAAAUUGUUAGUGAUGCUAGCUUGAGUGAUUGUUUACAAAAUCAAGAAACUAAGCUAAGUAGUGAUGUGACCAUGGCAGAAUCAACAGAAAGCCCUCAAAUGGAAGAAAACAGGGAGAAUCAAAGACUAAAAAUUGACUUAAAUGAAUGCAACGGUGAAGAGAGGAUCCAAGAUGGAGGUAUUGCGAAUGAACUGAAAGCAGAGGAGAGGAAAGUGGUGCGUAAAUCUCUCCCAAAAAAGAAGCGGAAAAAUAUGCGAUGGCGAAAUACAAAGAAAAAGGCAAAAAAUGCAGACAAACUUAAAACGGGGCUGGCUUUGAAAAUAGUUUUAAGGAAAAAUCCCAAAAAAGGAAAACAGUGGGUCACGCAAACUGCAUUGGUGCCAGUGAAAUGUAAUUCAAAGAUAGAUGAGUUUAAGACAUGUACUAAACCCAAUGUUAAAAAUAAUGUAUGCAAAGGAGAUGGGACCGUAAAAGACAAGCAGGAGGCUGGAGAUUGUGGGACUACAAAUAUGGCUGUAAAACAAAAACGAGAAAUUCAAGAUGGUGGAUGUUCGGUGGAAGAAGAAGCCAGUGUUUUGGUGAAUGGGAUGAAGAAGAUGGACCAUGAGAAAAGUGAAGUUUGUACAGAUGUUGUAGGAUCGGAUGGACUAAAAACUCGCCUUGAUUGUUUCAUGAAGGCGUCUCCUCUGUUGGAGUCUGUCAUUACUCCUCAAAGUGAAUCUUCUCAAUCAGCUCUCCCUCCUCCACCCACAGACACAAACCUCUCCGAGUCCCACAUUACCUCCUGUCCAGACCCUUCCCCGUCCCCCUCACUCUCUGCUUCCUGGACCCCCAUUCCUAAAAACACAGAGCGGACUCUACAUCUCGUCGCCAUCAACCCCAACCAGCUCGUGAAGCGACCGGUGGGAGAACAACCAGUCGUGGUGCUAAAUCAUCCGGACGUUGAUAUUCCCGAAGUAUCCAAAAUCAUGGAAGUUGUGAACAGAUACAAAGGAGAAGUCCAUAAAGUUGUACUAUCAAAACAGACAAUAAACGCACUAUCUGACAUCAAUAGAGCCUCGGUAAACGUACAGAGGGACAAUACUGAGCAGAAAAACCUUGUUCGCGAGAGGUUUUUGUUGAAAUUAAAACUAAGAAGGUUGAGUAAGAAAAAGUUUGAAGUAGUGGAUGACGAAAUGUCUCAGGUUCACGCCGGUGAAGAAGAGAAAACGUUUCGUUGUUGGUUUUGUGGCAGGGCAUUUGGAAGUCGAGAAACAUGGCUCAUUCACAGACAGCGCCACCUCAUGGAGUGGAAGAGUCCAAACUGUGAAAACUCUUAAAGGGACAGUACUGUGUUUGGUCAAAUUAAGUCUAAAACGGGUGGUGUAUAAUGUAUUUUCAAUAGUAAACGAUUUCAUUUAGUUUUGGGGAAGCAGACAGAUGCGCUUAAUAAUAAACUGUAAAGACAUUUUUCAGACAUGACUAUGCAAAUUUUUUAUGUUUUAUUCUGACAGAUUUUUUUUUAAGAAUAACUCAAAUAUUUUCUUCUUAUUUUGUUGAAAAGUUUACAAUUUCCUUUACUCUAUUUAAAUUUUUCUAUAUUCCCUAAACAGUAUGUUUCAGCUAUUCAAAAAUAAACAAACAUGACUAAACAACUGGGUUCAAAUCCACAUUGACAAAGCACAAUGGGCAAUUAACAACAAAUUGCAAUCUCUGUACAUUUCAAUUUAUGUCAUUGCUCCUAUCUGCUUUUCCAAACUAGGACUGGUCCAACUGUUGAUAAUGCAUUACCCAUCCAUAUGUACCUUUAGAGAUGGGCGAUAAGAUUAUAUAAAUUAAGUUGUUUUUGUUUUGUGACAAAGCUUUUAAUAUAAAACUUAUAAAUGUGUGAUAUGAAUUGGUUUAUACAUGUUUGCCGUAUCGCCCACCCCUAGACUUAAAAGUACAUUAUGUAACUUUUUCUACCUGUGAUUUUAUUGCUUUGCCCCAGAAUGUUCCAAAGUAUAGCAUUAAAUCUAUAUAAUUUUGUUUGUUUUGUUUUGUCAUUGCUAAAAAUACAUUGAAAAUCAUACAUAAUACUGUGAGCAAGGUCACCUGUCCCCAGAUCUGAUCUGGAACAACUUCUCAAUAACUGUAGAUAAGUUUACUGUGGAACAUUUCCGGCAAAGUAAUGUCUCCAUGGAGACUGCCCACCAGAAAAGUUACAUAGUGCAACUGUAUAACCCUUCAAUGUCACAACACUGGGAAAUAUCUGGAAGAGGAAUUUUGCAAUAUAACUCAAUGGAGAAACUUUUUUUUUUUUCAUAAGUCUUAAAUCAAACUUACCUGGACUGUUUCCAUUCUCAGGACCCUAAGCUCCCUAUAUCAACAAUCUGGGAUAGUUUGAUCAUUUAAUAUAAUUAUUUGUAAAGCCACACAUAACUGGUGGAAUUAAUUUAGUCCUUUGUACUUUUUACUACAUAUUAUAGCUUUAUUUAAUUGGACGUACACUGUUGUUAUGAUAUUUUAUAAGACACUGUUAAAUGUACAGAAUUUUGCCAUAUAAAUCGGAGGAGGCAGUACGGGUAGGCUACGCAGUGAGCUAGCGUAACAUAUUUAUACUUGUGUGGGUGCCCAGAAGUUACUUAACCAAAACUGUGUAAGAGAUGGACAAUAAGCUGUUUUUAUUUAUGAGUUUACCCUUUGUUUCUUUAUUACCGCAAAGUGGUCAAUUCUGUUCACGAUCGUGUUAAAAUGUAUCCUGCUUUCUAUAUUCUUUUAUUUAUACCUAGGCUUGUCACGAUACGAAACUCUGAAGCACGUUAUAUUGCUACAGAGAUAUACUGCAAUAAAUUAUAAUAUUGAAACUACUUCAUUCCACUAAAUAUGAUUUAAAUAAUACAAGAUGAUACCAGUAAAGCUUUUUUAAAUGGACUGUUUCAUUAAAAGACUUGAGCUGCAACAAAUAAAUGGCAGCAUCUUAUUGUAUUGCAACAAAAAUUGCACCCAAAAUAUAUUUAUACAUGUAUGUGUAUAUAUAUCAUAUGUAUGUCAUAUAUAUAUCAUACAUCGAUAAGUCUGUAUAGUAAUUAUUGUGACAGGCCUUUUUCUACCAUCUGAUUUGUUCUUUUAUAUUGGGAUUUUGAAGUAGGCAUGAAAGCUAGAAAUGGUGUCUGGGGAGGAGGAAGCACUUAGAGGCGAUAUAUUGUGCAAAAUCGACUUUUCAGAGCUUUGAAACAUGCUAUAAUUGUUUCCCUUCUAAUUUAUCCACUCAAAGUUGUAUUUCGAGUAAUUCAUGCUCCUAUCAACCCCAUUUUUACGGCCACGGUACACGCCCACUGCACUUUCUUAAUCGCAAAUACAUAUAGGGUUCGGCAGCAGUGCGGAGUCAUUCUGGUACAAAUUUUUUAAAAAUCUGCUACUCGCUAGUGUGAUCUGCAGCUAUCCAAAGGAGGGGCCGACAGCAUGCGGCGCUUUGUUGUGAUGUUUUCAGCAUUGUACCGUAAAGGGGCAGGCGGGAAUCGGCUCUUAAUACCUCAUUGGUCACCAUAAUUUUCUAGCCUAGAAAUCAGCGAGCAUGUUUUCUUUAAGUUGUUUUAGAUCAAUAAUGCGAAUGCCCAAAAAAUAACAUGAUGAUCCACAAGUGUCAUAAAUUAUAACUAUGUAGCAGACAAAAGCACAAGAUGUCUUCUUUAAAUACACCGUAAUAAUAUCUAUGCCUGAUGCGGCACACAACUUUGCUUAAAAGUCCUUUAAUAGUGCUUUAAUCUCAAUGUGAAGCCAUUCUUAAACGAAACCUCUGAAAUCUUUUAUUUAAAACGUCAAAAUUUCAAGUUUAUUUGACCAUUUUCCCCUCAAAGCGUCUCCUCGCCUUUGACUUGAAAAUAAUCUUAUCUUUUAAUUGCACUAUGAAACCUGGAUGCAUAUUUUCAUGAUUAACUUUUCUUUUUUCCAAGCCUUGACAAUCAAAUAUCUUUCUAUGGCUAACUUUGGCCACUCUCCCCUCAGUAUUCAACACAAGGGAAACAUAGCUUGUAAUUUUGUAAAUAGAUUGUAUUUUUCUGUAAUUUCCUACUUAUAUUUUGAGAUUAAAUGAUUUAUAAUUUUAUAGAAGUAGCAAUAGAGGUACUGUAUAAAGUAUUACCUGAGAAUUCCCACUAAGUGCCUAUAGGUUUGUGAUAUGCAACAAAACGCAUUACAAUUUGGGUUUUGACUGAAAUUAGACAGACUUGAUCUAGAAAAUUAUUUUAUUUUAAACAAACUGUACAUCAUAUGUCUGUGUAGAUUUGAUACCGUGUCAUUCCUUACAAUAUUUCAAUUGUUCACCUGAAGCAUCUCAAUAAAACAUGGGUAAAAUAACA